AUGGAUGCAUCGAAUGAAUCUCUUCCAAAUGAGGAUAACACAGAUGAAGAAGCAGAACUAGGGAAGCAAAAAUACAAGGAUGAAUUAGGACUCUCUCAAAAUAGCAGUGAUGAGAAGGCAAUUCGGGUAAAUAAAAAUGUAUACAGAAUUAUCAAUAUUGGAGGAAGGGAUGGAGAUGAGGAUAAAGAGACUGUCAUUAGGAGGAUAGCGCAGGUGAGGAAGAGUAUGAUGAGGGAGAAACAGGCAGAGGUCGAGGUCCAUGGGGAAGAAGCGGAUGAGGCAGGUCAGGCAUAUCGCACAAAUGAGGCAUAUCGCUCAAGUGAGGCAUAUCGCGCAGAUUCCUCGGAAGGGGGAUCUCCGCCCCACUACGACUCAGCAUGGAAUGUGUCCAAAUUGAGGGACCUACACACGGGCAAAGGAGGACCCCCCCCCAAGGGGGCAUUCAAGGAAGACCCUCAAGGGGAUAGAGGUCACAACCGAUUUAGCGAAGGCCACUAUUUGAGGCAGAAUGAGAAGUUCUCUCGGUACAACAGUGACAGGAGAGUAAAAUACAUGCAAGCGAAGGACCAGGGGGGGGACAUCUACAUGCAGAUCGACCGGGGCGGUGACAACUAUGGUGAGAGUAACUACGGUGGUGGCGAUCAUGAUGAGAGUAACUACGGUGGUGGCAACUAUGAUGAGAGUAACUACGGUGGUGGCAACUAUGAUGAGAGUAACUACGGUGGAAGCAACUACGACGGAAGCAACUACCAUGAGAGAAACUACGAUGAGAGCAACUACCUGGAUGAACCAUCCCACUACAGCUACGAGCACACCAAAGAAGUGGAACCAAAUGGGAAUGCACAAUUUAAAAAGAGAAAAAAAUAUAUGUCCCUUUCGAAGCAACCCGGACAGGGCACUGCUGCCGAUGCACAAAAAUGUCAAAUCAGUGAGAAGGAGGAUGAUGUGAGCCACCACUACCUACAUGGAAAUGGAUUGCACGAGAAGAAACAGGUUAGGAAUAGCAGACCGUUUGCAGAUCUCCAACAGGAUAUAGACCGAGGGGGGGCGUCAUUCCAAGGGAGCGAGGCGAAUGUGGAUCUGAGUGGCAGCACCGAUGGAGGGAUGGACCAUGUUGAGGAAGAAGCCUUCAAGAGUGGAGGAGGAGCCCCCCUGCGCGGUCGAUACGGAGAGAGCGGAGAAAUGAGGGAGAGAAGGGGGAGAAGCGAAAGGAGGGAAAGGAGCGAAAGGAGCGGCAGCGGUGAGAAUGCCAACCACCGCGCUUAUCGCUUCCAGCAGUACAGUGGCAUCGCAAAAGGCUGCCACCGCGUCGCGCGCGUGAGGAGAGACACCGGAUUCAGUGCCGACGGAAAUGCGAACCCCGCAGCGGAUGAGAGGUAUGGCAUCGACGAAGGGGAUGGCGAAGGGGGCGGCGAAGGAAUCCACGAAGGGGUCGACGGCUCGAAGCAUUUGCAAGUGAAUAAAAGAAUGCACCAUGUGAACCAGCAAAACAGACACGAGUACCUACACGGAAAUGUGCAUCCGCCACGAAGCAUGCACAUUAAUGGCUAUGAUAAGACACAGAAGGGGAAGUACCACCAGGGGAACUACGCCUAUGAGGAUGAAAGCAUGAUGGGUCUUAAACAGGAUGAGUUAUUUGCGGGGGAGGGGUAUCCUGUGCGUGAGAUGCACUCAGGGGAGGAAGGAGGCGCAACCACGUACUUUAGAAGUGCUCAUAGUAGGGGUUACAAAAAGGAACGUGGAGAGGAGGAUCAGGAUAAGGAUGGGGAUGAAGAACGGGUGCAUGAAGGGGCUAAUUAUAAGAACGGCAGGUAUCGAAAUGGGAGGUACCCAGUAGGUGUGUGGGGGACGAACCAAGGUCGGAUGAACGAUCGCUACCGUGUGGGAGAGAACUCGUUUACGUACUGCGAUGAGCGCAGCUCCAGUAACUCGCACGCGUAUCAUCGAAGUGAAUACGUGAGUGGGAUGAACCCGUCCUAUCGAAGAAAAGGUUCGAGUGAAAACCAGAUAAACGCAUACGCACGUGGGGGAAAUAGGAAGUAUGACGAAGGGCACAGUGGUGGUGAUCCGCACGAUGGUGAUGAUGGGUCUGGUUCGUAUGUCGGAGCCCAUCCCGCGGCUGCACCCGGGGGGUCCAACUACCCGAGCGAUUACUACAGUGGUAAGUAUGCACACCAAAGGUUGAACAGUCACUCGAAUGGAAAACAUAAUGCUGGGAGCCAUUAUCACAGAGAGUACAAUCGUAUUCACGAGAGAAGUAGCUAUGAAGGGGAGGAGGAGUAUUACGAGGAGGAGCUUCAUCCUCAUCACGGGGGACUCCCAUCAGAAGAUCACGCAGGUUAUUAUGACCCACGUGCCAUGUCAUACGAAGAGUACGCAGAGUUACAGACACACGAUGAUCAGAGGUACGCCUUUUCCAAGAGGACCCCUCCAAGCAGUCAAAACGGAUAUCCAGCCGGUGGAGCUUACCAGCAAAAUGAAGGAAAUAUUUGCACCCUCGAUGAUCAGAAGACACGAGACAAUGAAGACGACGUAGAUGGUGAUGACGAUAAGGUUAACAUAAAUAGGGAGAGUAAUCCCCCCACGGUGGUAGUUGGUGCUCGUGUAUUGACUGAUAAAUCGACUCACGCGUUAAGUGACGUUAAGGAAAAUAUGACAGGGGUGAUUGUGGGGGAUGCAGGACAGGUCAGUGAAGGCGCGCAAAUUCGUUCCACCACUGGGGGGGGAGAUAUGCCCAUUGAUAAUGCCACCAAGGUUAGUAACGCGGCCGUGGUUGGGAACGCUCUCCCGUCGCAGAUCGUCACGCAGAGUACCACUCAGGGCGUUCCUCCCGCCGUGCAGGCAAACCAUCCAGCCAAGGAAGCACAGCCACAACAAGAAGUGCUACCACAACCGCCGCAGCCACAGCAAGAAGUGCAACCACAACCGCCGGUGAAGCGCAAGCGGGGGAGACCCAGAUUGAAGAAAACUACCACCCCUUCGGAGGAGGCCCCAUCGAACGACUCUCAAAGCAACGCGCCAGCCGCGCAAGCAGGGGCCGGCCCCACCGUGCUGCUGAAUAACCAAACGGGUGCCCCCGCCAGUGGCCAGAACGGCAACGUGAGCAGUGAACAGAACCACCCCACCCUCUACAGUAACAUGGGCUCCCUGAUGAACCCUGCCUAUAACAACCAAAUCGGUAACCCCAAUGCUCACAUGCAAAUAACAGUGGAACAACCCCCGAGUUACCAGUUAGGAGGACCCCCCCAGGUGUUAGGGCACCCAUCAGGGCAGUUACUUGGACAGCCUCUAGGACAACCGCUUGGACAGACGCCGGGGCACCCACUGGCGGACCCGCACAACCCGAUGAACCAGUUAAGCCAAAUGAACCCCUUGAGCGCGCAACUGGCGCAGCAGAUGGGUCUGCCCCUCGGACAGCACCUGAUGAACCCCCAAGUGGGCAACCAUAUUGGUCACCAAAUGGGGCAGCAUAUUGGACAGCAGAUGGGGCAGCAGAUGGGGCAGCAAAUGGGGCAGCAGAUGGGGCAGCAGCUGAGUCAGAUGAGUCAGAUGAGCCAACACAUGAAUCAGCAGAUGGGGCAGCAGCUGAACCAGAUGAGCCACCACAACGGAUACCUCCUCCCAAACAGAACGAACAACCACUUUAAUGCAAAAAUGAACGACGAUCAGUACAACCAAGCAUACGGAUCCUUCGAACCAGAUGCAGCAAGUCAUGUAGAUCCCAAUUUGUGUAGCAGGAAUUUUGAACAUAUGAGAAACAACAGAGACAAUAUAUCCUACGAGGGAGACGAUAGAGAGUACCAAACGAAUAAAAGAAGGAUAACGAGAUCUAAUAAUGGAAGUGGGUCGGAGGAGAGGCAUUCUGAAAAGGAAAAUAAAAAGGUACAGAAAAGACGAGGGAGAAGACGAAAAAAUGAUGUGGAGCAAGGAGACACACAUUAUAAAAGAAGCAACAGUAGUAGCAAUCAAAGUAACGUGAACCAUGCAGAAACGAAGUCGGUGGACUCGUAUAGAAACAAAUCUAAUGGCGAUAGCAACUCCAGAAGUGAGCACAGGACGGAUCAGGACUUCUCCACGUUCGUGGAUGAGAACAACAAGGUCGUUUCGUACAGAGUCGCCUACAGCCCCGCGGACACGGUGUGGGAAAGGCUGUCCGGUGUUAAGAUCGGCCCGCUGAUACUGACGGCCCAAAGCAGAACGACGAAUGUCAUUUUGGCCAAAAACAGAUCCAUCGAGCUCGGCAACAUAAACCACAACCUCAUAUAUGGCUACAUUUACAAAGGCGACAACGUCAGGCUGACCAUCGGAAAGGAGACGAGAUCAGUGAAGACGGGCUCGCUGUUCUUCCUGCCCAGCUACAACGACUGCAGCAUACAUAACGAUGAUGA